UGUUGGAUUGGACGCGCUACGGUAAGCGUACUGACUCACUUCCGGUUUCCUUCCUGCUCUGUGUACACUGUUUGGUGCUGUAGCUCUGUCAGUGAACGCUAAAUAUAAAUUAGUUUUACUCGUUACAGCGGUUAUUUACCCGCUUAACAUUUAAACGUAGACUAGUUCUACUUAAACACUUGGAGUUUCUCCCUCUUUUAGGGACUUUUCACUACUUUCAAAGUUUUUCAUACACUCUAGUUUCAUUAGCAUUAGCAGUUAGCUAUGGCUUCUCCCUCUCCCUCUCCUCUGUCCUGCUCAGUGUGUCAGAUGUUCAGUUAUUCCUCUGCCUCCUUUAAAGAUAAUGGUACCUGUAUUAAAUGUAGUUUAUUUACUGCGCUGGAGGCGAGGCUUAGUGAGUUAGAGGAACGGCACCGCACCACUGAGAUAUCUUUAGCCGCUAUAGUUAGCCAGCCCCCCGGUAGCCGGUGCGGUCCGACCGAAGGUAGCUUCUGUUAGCUCUGUAGAUCCCCCGGUAGUUCCCGAGCAGCCGGGAAGACAGGGAGGCUGGGUGACUGAGCGAAGGAAGACUAGAACGGCGAAGCCCACAGGUCACCACCAACCGCUUCACGUUUCUAAUACAUUUUCCCCUCUCAGCGAUACACCCGCUGAGGAACCAACUCUGGUUAUUGGCAGCUCCAUAGUCAGAAACGUGAAGUUAGCGAAGCCAGCGGCCAUAGUUAAAUGCAUCCCUGGGGCCAGAGCGGGAGACAUUGAAUCCUAUUUAAAACUGCUGGCUAAAGGUAAACGUAAAUACAGUAAGAUUGUUAUCCACGUCGGCGGUAACGACACCCGUUUACGCCAAUCGGAGGUCACUAAGAUUAAUGUGGAGUCGGUGUGUAACUAUGCUAAAACAAUGUCGGACACCGUAGUUUUCUCUGGACCCCUGCCCAAUGUGACCAGUGAUGACAUGUAUAGCCGCAUGUCGUCAUUCCACCGCUGGCUGUCGAGGUGGUGUCCAGAAAACGAUGUGGGCUUCAUUGAUAACUGGAAGCCUUUUUGGGGAAAACCUGGUCUGAUUAGGAGAGACGGCAUCCAUCCCACUUUGGAUGGAGCGGCUCUCUUAUCUAGAAAUAUGGCGAAGUUUAUUUCUAAAACCUGACAGUCCAGAGUUAGGACCAGGAAGCAGAGCUGCUGUCUUACACACUCCUCUGCGCUUUCUUUAGAACAGUCACCCACCCAAAACCCCAUAGAGACUGUGUCUGUCCCCCGACCACCUAAACUAUUUAAAGAAAUAAAAACAAGAGGAGUUCAACAUAAAAAUCUAAUAAAAAUUAAAACCAACUCCUCAGUAGCACAAAAUAAGAGAAUGAAAUGUGGGCUGUUAAAUAUCAGGUCUCUGUCCUCUAAAGCUGUUCUAGUGAAUGAAUUAAUAUCAGAUUAUGAUAUUGAUUUACUUUGUCUUACUGAGACCUGGUUGUCCCACGAGGAGUAUGUUAGCCUAAAUGAAUCCACACCCCCCAGUCAUAUUAAUACUCACAUUCCUCGAGGCACAGGCCGAGGAGGUGGAGUGGCAGCCAUAUAUGAUUUGAGCGUUUUAAUGGACCCUAAACCUAAACUAAAUUAUAAUUCAUUUGAAAGCCUUGUUCUUAGUCUUUCUCACCCAAACUGGAAAACACUGCAGCCAGUUCUAUUUGUUAUAGUGUACCGUGCUCCUGGACCGUACUCUGAUUUUAUAUCUGAAUUCUCAGAGUUUCUAUCAAGUUUAGUCCUUAAAUCAGAUGAAGUAAUUAUUGUAGGUGAUUUUAAUAUUCAUGUGGAUGUUGAAAAUGACAGUCUUAGUAAUGCAUUUAUAUCAUUAAUAGACUCAAUUGGCUUCUGUCAGAGUGUAAAUAAACCAACUCAUUGUUUUAAUCACACUCUUGACCUUGUUCUAUCAUAUGGCAUUGAUAUUGAACAUUUAAUAGUCUUCCCACAUAAUCCUUUCCUAUCUGACCAUUAUUUAGUAACUUUUGAAUUCAUACUAUUAGAUUAUAAGCCAUUAGGCAAAACUUCCUACAGCAGAUGUUUAUCUGACAGUGCUGUAGCUAAAUUUAAGGAGGAGAUUCCUUCAGUGUUUAAUUCAAUGCCAUGUCUGAAUUUAACAGAGUCCUAUAACAACUUUAGUCCCUCUGAAAUUGAUAAUCUUGUCGAUAGUGCUACAGGCUCACUACGAUCAACAUUAGACUCUAUCGCUCCUAUAAAAAGGAAAUUAUUAAAACAUAGGAGACUAGCACCUUGGUAUAACCACCAAACCCGCCAGUUAAAACAAAUAGCUAGGAAAUCUGAAAGGAAAUGGCGCUCUUCCAAAUUAUCAGAAUAUCGCUCAAUUUGGCAAGAUAAUCUUAAAAUUUAUAGAAAGGCCCUCCUUUGUGCCCCGAUGCCCCUCCCCCAAACCAGUUUCUCUCCAACCUGGUGGUCUAUUGCUGCUUUCCAUUUGUCUCGUGAACUCAGAACCCGAGUUGUUCUGCCGCGAGAAUGUGACGUCAUUGUCUGGCUUGUACCACUUCUAGCGUUCCAGUUUGUCUUUGGGCAUUACGAGUCGGAAAGAAGUGCAGCAGCUGUGUUGUUAUUGAUUGUGGAUCUUCUAAACAAGCUCAAUGUGAAAUAAUAAUGUUUUUCUACAGAAACACUAACAUUUCAAGUAAUUCCGUUAUUGCAAGUCUUACAUUUCAAUAUUAUUUUGCCAUUUUCGCCUAUUUCAAUUUCAACAAGUGCUGUGGCGUUUGUCUCGAGCCACCAGGAGCCUCCAGGGGCCACCAGGGGCCACCAGGAGCCACCAGGGGCCACCAGGGGCGGGCUAGUGUUAUUGUUAGCUACAUUAGCCUAUUUAGCAAACCAGCUCGAAAACAAAACUUUACAUUGUAUUGAACUCACAGCAACACCGUGCAAUGCAUAAAUUGGUGACCGGACUAAAGCAGCAAUGUAAACAGUGUAAAAACAUUUAAAAUUGACAUUAAAACGACCAACGUAGUACAAAUACAAAGAAAAUACAUCUUAAUAUGGGCGCUGCCAUCUUUGUUUUGCGGGUUGUACGUGCCCCCCCGUUUAGCUUGGGGUACCCUGAGGAACCCCGAGCUAAACGGCUGAAAUUCCGACCAAAAAGGGGUGUGUCUCUGUGAAAUCUCGCGAGAUAGCUGCAAGAUUUACACUUUCCAACUCGGGUUCCGAGUUCACGAGACAAAUGGAAAGCAGCAUUAAACUCAAUCAGGAUUUGGUCACAAUUUAGAAGACACCUCAAACUGCAGACAACAUCUAUUCACUCUCCCAUCAAGAAUAAUUAUAACUUCCUCUCUCUCUGACUCAACCUUUAGGAUUGGCACUCAAAGGGCAUUAAAUCCAUCUCCAAUCUAUAUGUGGAUGGCAAACUUGGAUCAUUUGCACAACUCUCCGAAUUAUUUAAUUUACCAAAGUGUCACUUUUUUAGGUGUCCCCAGCUUAGGCACUUAAACUGGUACAUUCUUCUCCCCUUGUGCUCGACACAGCUUAAUACAACUCCCUGAUGUGAAUCCUUCAUGUGCUCGCUGUAAAGGCCAACCAGAUCAAAUCAGAUAGACCCUCAAAGGCUCCCUGCAAACCUUUAGGGAGAUAUGGAUCCUUUCCUAGAGUAUUAUGAGGAUUUACCAAUACCAUUAAAUGAAAUACCAAUAUCAGCAUAAAUAUAAAAUUAAUGGUAAUUAUGCUGUACAGAUGAAUUAGUGAGGGCAAUAGUAUGUUAUCCUCUUUAUUUUCUAUGUUUCUGAAAUUU